AUGCGUGGUAUCAAUUACCCAACUGGUGCUGGAGGGGUAUCACUGGUGAAACUGUGUGGUGUCACUGGUGAAGUCUGUGAGAAUGGAGGCACCUCAUUCACAUCCUUGUCCACUGGUGAACACUUGUUUUGUAUAUGUGCUGAUGGUUUCGAGGGGACAAACUGUGAAAUAGGGAAGGGCACCAGCUGCUACAAGGGUAUUGGACUGUCCUAUAGAGGCACAGUGUCCCGCUCAGAGAGUGGACGAAGAUGUGUGGACUGGGAUUUGGAGACCAGGAUGCUUCACAUGGUUGGAGAUGUCAACUCUGGGAGGCACAACUACUGCAGAAAUCUAAACUAUAAAGAGCGCCCGUGGUGUUACGUUCGGAGACACCAGCAGCUCGUCUGGGAGUAUUGUGACAUUCAACGUUGUGUCUCCGAAACUUGUGAUUCACGCUUCACUGAACCUGUCAAGCCUUUCCAUGUUUUUCCUCGACUGUUCUGAACUUUGUUUCACCCUCCAGCUGCAGAGUCCAGAUGUGGUGAGCGCACCAGAAAACAGAUGAAGAUUGUGGGUGGAACAGUUGCCACUGUGGAAUCCCACCCAUGGGUCGCUGCCAUAUUUUGGCGCAGCAAAUCCAAGGAGAAGAUUUUCCGUUGCGGGGGCAGUCUGAUCUCCGCCUGCUGGGUCCUGACAGCCGCCCACUGUUUUCCCGAUGGCUCCCACACCAAAAACGGCCGCUACUCGGUAAUUCUGGGAAAAAAUGCUCUGAAUGAGACCGACCUUAUGGAGCAGUCAUUUGCAGUGGAAGAAAUCACCAUCCAUGAAGGGUUUGACAACAGUGAGGGGAACUUCGACAAUGACAUUGCUUUAGUGAAGCUGAAGGCCAAACAUGGCAAGUGUGCAAAGGAGAGCAACUCUGUGAAGACUGUCUGCCUCCCGCCUCCUCACCAGAGCCUCCAGCCUGGUAUCACCUGUGAGAUCGCUGGAUAUGGGAAAGAGAAACACGGUUUGUGGUAUCGAUCCCAGUACCUCCGAGAGGCUCAGGUGAACCCCAUUGCCGACUAUGUGUGCCAACAAAAGGACUAUUAUGGAAACAUGAUAACUGAUAACAUGUUUUGUGCUGCUCGUCCCGACUGGAGCCAGGACGCCUGCGAGGGAGACUCAGGAGGGCCUCUGGUGUGCGAGACUAACAACAGGCUCUUCCUCUUUGGAGUGAUAAGCUGGGGCGACGGCUGCGCAAAGGAGUUUCGACCUGGCGUUUACACCAGAGUGACCAAUUACAACCAAUGGAUAGAAGAGAAGACCGGACUGUCAUCCAUUGCUGCUGGGAACAUGUUCCCUCAGAAGUGA